ACAAAUGGAAUCGAACCAUUCUUGGUACUUCCUCGGAAGCUCAGUGCCCGUACAUUGAAGUCUCUGUCUGUCAUCCUCUUUUUCCACUCCGACCCACUUCGCAUUUUGCUCUUCUUUUUCCCCGUUUCACUUCGAACGUCCUUCUUGUGCGACGGCGAUCGAUGGGUCUUUUAUAGGAUCGCAAUCUUGAUUCUGGGUCUCGCUCGCCAUGUACGCAAUGAGACUCUCUCCCUCUAUCGAUCUCAGGACCCCGAAACCGACCAGCGUCCUCCCGCGUGACCCGUCGCGGGACUCGCUCCAGUCCUCCUCGAUCGUCCACCCUCGGACGCUGCCUGUCGCAUUCGGUCCUGUGGUGCGUUCUUCCAGUUUGGAUUGUGCAGCUCGAAGGAGAAUUUCAGCUCUCAGCGCGGUUAGCCAAGAUGGGCACACAUUGAAGGAGGAGCUCGACGACUCCCCCGUGUUGGUCGAAUUGCAGCCGAUUGGCAGCGAGAGCCAGUUCGAUCGGGUCGUGGCUGAUGCCCAACAGCUUGAUGAAUCGGUUAUCGUGGUCUGGAUGGCAAGCUGGUGCAGAAAAUGCAUAUAUCUGAAGCCAAAAUUGGAAAAGUUGGCCGCUGAUUACUAUCCAAGAUUGCGCUUUUACUGUGUUGAUGUCAACAAAGUUCCACACAAGCUGGUUGCUCGGGCAGGUGUCACCAAGAUGCCGACUAUACAGCAGCUGUGGAAGGAUAGCAAGAAGCAAGCUGAAGUGAUUGGUGGCCACAAAGCAUACCUAGUCGUCAAUGAAGUUCGUGAAAUGAUUGAAAAUGAGUAUACAGCGUGAAGUACAAAAAGAUGCAAUUCAUUUUAUGCAAUUCUGUCCAGGGGAUUCAAUUUAUUAGGGUUCGAUAUAGAAAAAUGAAUGCUGGCUGUCAACUACUCGACGUACCCCUCCCCUCCUCCUUUAUUCGAGCUUAGGACCGGUAUUGGAAGAUGAAUCCCUGCCCAGGCGGAUUUUAAUUUCCGUCUAUAUAUCAGUUAUUUGUCAUCAUUCUUCAUUUCCACAGGGGAUAUGAAUGAGAAUUCUCUCUUUGGCCUCUGUGCUUCCUUCCGUCGCUGCAUUUACUUAAAAAUAGCCAGUUGAUGACCCUAAUUACUUGGUUAAGGACGUCGUUCCUACGAGGCAUGAUGAUGAUUUUGGCAUUGUGUAGAAGAAGAUUGGCAAGAAA